AUGGCUAGCUCGCUACACAUCCGGGUUACGAAUGCCUAUGAUGGCAUGUCCCGCACAUUUUAUCCCGUGGUUGUUAUUGGAGCGGGGGCAUCAGGUAUCGCAGCAGGGUGUCGACUGAAGCAGAAAUGCGGUUGCGAUCAAUUUCGAAUCUUCGACCGUCAGUCUGGCAUUGGAGGGACAUGGUGGAGCAACCGGUAUCCUGGUGUGGCUUGUGAUGUACCGGCAUUGUUUUACUCUUUCUCCUUUGCACCAAACUAUCUGUCCCGAACUAUCUUCCCAUCCGGUCGUGACUAUGUCGACUAUCUGUACAAUGUGGUAGAACGAGUUGGAAUCGCAGAUAAAAUCCAGCUUAACAUGGAAGUCACGUCUGCGGAAUGGAUUGAGGAGGAUUCCGAAUGGGAGCUACAGCUCUACCGGGUACAUGGUCAAGAGCCAUGGAGCGGAAAUUCGAAAGUUGAGCGGCCAGUCGAAACCAUUCGGGCCAAGGUGGUGAUUAACGCUGUGGGCAUUCUGGUCGAGCCAACUGAGUGGCCUCCCGGUGUUGCGGGGCGCGAUGCCUAUCACGGAGAACUGAUACACUCGGCGCGCUGGCCCGAGAAGGUAAACUUGGAUGGGAAAGAUGUCGUACUUGUCGGUUCUGGCUGUAGUGCAGCCCAGAUCGCUCCGGCCCUACUCCAAACCAACGUCAAAUCAUUAUCUCAGGUCAUGCGGACGCCACCGUGGCUUGUGCCGCGUGUGGAGGAACCCGGUGGACGAGAAGCCUAUGCCAAGUGGGCACCACGCAUAUACAAUGCUAUACCAGGACUCGGCUUUACGGUUCGAAUGUUACUCUGUGCUGUAUCUGAGCUACUGUGGUACACAGCAUUUCAGCGGCCGAACGGAUCCCUGAGGCAACGUGAGGAGGCAUCGUCCCUGGCUCACAUGCGAGCACUGACUCCCACCGCAUACCACAAUCAACUAACGCCCAAAUACCGGAUGGGGUGUAAGCGCCGAAUCUAUGACAAUGACUGGCUGCAUGGGAUGCACGAUCCGCGUUUCUUGCUCGAAUCGCGGCACUGGCGCAGCGCAGCCGACACCUCGAUCACCGUUGGCGAUAAGGACAACACCAAGACCUACCGUGCUGAUGUGCUUAUCCUCGCGACAGGGUUUGAGGCCACUAAGUUUCUACACCCAAUCUCCGUCCUUGGACGACAUGGUCUCUCCUUGCACGGGCUGUGGAAUACUCGUGGCAGCCCGCAUGCUUAUCUCGGAACAGCCGUGGAUGGAUUCCCCAAUUUCUUCCUUAUUCUAGGGCCGAACACGUUUGCCGGUCAUACGUCAGUCAUGAUGGCGAUUGAAAAUAGUGUUGAUCAUACAAUGCGCAUGAUUACUCCCAUUUUGAACGGCGAAGUUGCGAGUAUUGAGCCCAAAACCGUUACUGUUCAGAUCUGGUUGGCGGGUAUCCGGCGCGAUAUGGCCACUACGGUAUUUGCUAGCUGCCAGAGUUGGUAUAACGGUGGAGGUGGACCUAACUCUGUGAUGUAUCCUCGCUCGCAGUUGGAUUUCUAUCUGCGAUGUCGAUUCCCCUGGCUGUCCAACUGGGACCGUGUUUUAACCCCUCGAGGCCGACAACAACAGUUGUUGCGUCAGGUAAAAACGGCGGUGGUAAUGGGGACGCUGAUUUUUACCCUGUUCUUCUACCGGUGGAUGUGGAAUUAUGCGGUUGAUAACGGGAGUGUGGAUAGAGUGGCAAAUAUUGCAAUAAGUCUACCUUGA